ACUGAGAAAACACUCCUGCGUUCUGUGCUCUUGAUGAAAUUGCAUUCCUGUGCAGAUUUCCGUGAGGGAGGCAUCCCGUUUUCUGGGGUCCCGGGAAAGCAACAGUUACUUCACUUCACGUCGCAUUUGUUUCAGUGUUUGGAGGCGUGGUGUGGGCCGACGCCGCUCCCACAGGCUCGCUGCCCGGUUCGGCCACGGUCGCGGCCCCCACCGAGUGUCGGCACGCGGUCUUCCUUCAGUACAAAACCACCCCUCGUUACGAUCGGGACGGCAACCCUCAAAGCCGAACGUAGUGUGCGACAGAAAUACGUACCAGGACCAUCGUGCAACUUCUUCGCAUCAUCCACCAAGUCUUCGAUAAGGGGCACGGAGGAGCAUCAGCGCAGGCAUCAAGAUUGACAGCAUUGUAGGCACGGUUCGUCUGCCAUGGAAGUCGGCGGCCCUACGGGGGUGGACUGAACGAAACGCCGAGAUGAGCUCUGUGACCGGAUCUGGAUCCGGAUCCGCGGAUCGGAACGGACCCGCCUGCACGCGUGGCCGUCUGCCUGUGGGCACUUUGUCGAUGCUGCUGCCACUCUUGUUCCUUCAGCUGAUGGUGUCGGUGUCCGGUUUCGAGCCGGACUUCCUGCACCCUCUGGAGAACGUGACCGUAGCCCAAGGACGAGAUGCCACUUUCACGUGCAUCGUGAACAACCUGGGUGGAUACAGGGUGAGUGGGGACUCCGCCACGGCCAGGGUGGCAUGGAUCAAAGCCGAUACCAAAGCAAUUCUGGCCAUCCACGAGCAUGUGAUCACCAACAACGCUAGGCUUUCGGUGACCCACAAUGACUACAAUACAUGGACCUUGAACAUCAGGAGUGUCCGACGAGAAGAUAGGGGACAAUAUAUGUGUCAGGUCAACACAGAUCCAAUGAAAAUGCAGACCGCGUUCCUGGAGGUUGUCAUAUCGCCGGACAUAAUAUACGAGGAAACAUCUGGGGACAUGAUGGUGCCAGAAGGCGGGUCCGCGAAAUUAAUCUGUAAGGCCCGGGGACAUCCCAAGCCAAAGAUCGUCUGGCGCAGGGAGGACGGGGCGACGAUCGUGUCCAGGGGUGGACAGUCCGGACGACCGGAGAGGCUCCUCUCCGUCGAAGCGGAGGUACUAUCCCUCACCAAGGUCACGCGUUCCGAGAUGGGAGCGUACCUCUGCAUCGCCGCCAACGGCGUUCCGCCAUCCGUCAGCAAGAGGCUGAUGCUCCACGUGCAUUUUCACCCUCUUAUUCAGGUGCCCAACCAGCUCGUGGGGGCGCCGAUAAACACGGACGUCACCCUCCAGUGCCACGUCGAGGCCUCCCCCAAAGCCAUCAACUACUGGACCAGGGAAAGUGGUGAAAUGAUCAUCUCGAACGACAAGUACGCAAUGACGGAGAUAAACAACUCGUACUACAGCGUGCAAAUGAAGCUGGUCAUCAGGAGGUUCCACAAGUCGGAUUUAGGUGGAUACAAGUGCAUAUCCAAGAAUUCAAUUGGUGAUGCCGAAGGCAACAUUAGAUUAUAUGAGAUGGAAAUGCAGGAGCGCGUCGAUUCCGACGAGGACACCGUCCUUGCAGAAGACGUGGAUGGGGACGGAACGGGAAGCAAUCAGGACAACGACGGAUCGUUCAACAACGGUUUCCAAGGACCUCUGACCGAGUCCAACGGGCCAGGAGUCGAGAACGUGCAGGAAUCCAGCUCCGCCAGACCGCACAGCACCAAUCCACUCUGUUCGCUGUCACCUCUGCUCUUCCUUCUGGUGCUUUGACUCUGAUCCGGGAUAUGGGAAUCGUAUGGGUGUCCAUUUUCUGGGGUUGUGGUGCGCGGAACAGUGAGGUGUAUUAUGUGCCAAAUCUACUCGUGCUUCGCUACCUAACGCUGGGUGUCUGUAUCACAUGGACUGUACUAGCAGAUGUUCCAUAGCAUGAUCAAUGUUUAGUCUUUGUUGCUAUAUUAGAAAGCCAACGUAUACACAACGUCAGAUGUUCUCUCUCUUGCAUUCUCUCCCGUUCAUUUCCAAAUUUCAUGCCGAACAUUUUUUACUGUUUGCGUUAAAUCUUUAGUCCCUGAAGAGUAUGUUGUUUUUACCUGUGUUUUUAUUGUUACAUUAUAAGAUGUUAAGGAAAGUGAUCCAGUAUAAUAUUUAUAUAUAUACAAGGUCUUUCAAAAAGAAAUGUAUACCCGAUCUAAUCUAUAAGCAUAUUUACAAGCUCAAGCUAGGUGUAAAUGGGAAUGAAAUCAAAUUGAAUAAAUGUGAUAAAAUAGCCUUGGCUCUUUGAAGAGCAAAACGCCAGAGCACUGAAGACGUUUUGUUUAAAACAAAAUAAAAAAAAUUACAAAUAUUAGAUAAUUGUAUUGAUCUUCAAAGAGCUCCCAAGGCUAUCUGUUAAGACAAGAUUUAGUUUCGUAUGUCACAUUAAAUACUAGAAGCUCCUAGGACCAACUAGUAUUUCACUUAUUUUAGAGUACCAUAAGUUAGUCAGAGAUUAAGCAAACCCCAAUUUAUUUUUGAUUUCAUUAAUUUUCUUUGUUUCUCCCACCUUCUGUUAACAGUUUGUACAACUAAAUGCGCUCAUAAAUUAUGGCGGUACUACAUUCUAGUGUUGUGUGUGGUUUGUUAUUUCUUUUUUUGAGACGCCCUGUAUGUAACGAGAA